AUGGGAGCGUUAGUCGGGUGCAGGCUAGCAAAGGUCAUACGGAGCUCCCUUACAAACUGGCCACUGAAGUUCUACUUCUGGACGGAUUCCAGCAUCGUCCUUCAAUGGAUCAAAGGAUCAGCCCUCCGGUGGAAACAGUUUGUACGGAACCGAGUCACCGAGGUACAAUCCACCACAGAUCCGGCAUCUUGGCGUCAUUGCCCGGGGAAGGAGAAUCCCGCAGACUUGCUGACGAGAGGAGAGAAAAUGCAAAGGUUGUCGAGCUGCAAGAGGUGGUUUAAGGGUCCGGAAUGGCUGAUUAGAACUACAGAGUCAUGGCCGAACUCAGCACCUAAGGAAAAAGUAGAGGACGAAGAACUGGAAGCUGAACGUGUAAAGACCCAAGUCUUGUUGGCAGGCAACGACCGUCCAACGACCAGCGUCUUGAGCCUGGAGAACUGCAGCCGACUGCAAUUCGUCCUCCGUGUGACCGCGUGGGUGUACCGCUUCAUCAACAACUGCCAACCGAAAGUAAAGGUUUCAGGGCCUCUAACAGCCGAAGAGAUACAGAGGGCGGACCUCUACUGGAUCAGGGAGGCGCAGAAACAAGAGUACAACACAGAGAUGCAGCAACUAAGGCGCGGCGACGGGGUCCACGAGAAGUCUCCAAUCGCUGAGCUACGACCAGUGCUUGAUGGUGACCACAUAAUGAGGAUAUCGAGUCGUUUGCAACACGCUUCGUUGUCUACGUCUGCAAAGCACCCGAUAUUACUGCCUAAUGGACACAGGCUUGCUGAACUCGUUGUGGAAAAGGCACACCGACGGCUGCUACAUGGAGGUGUGCAAGACACCAUGACCGAAGUAAGGGAGCGGUAUUGGAUCCCCAGAUGUCGACAGCUGGUGAAAAAAGUCCUACAUCGGUGCGUCGUCUGUCGGCGGUUCAAAACUAGACCAGCAUCAGCUCCCGUUGCUCCGCUUCCUGCUGAUCGAGUAAAGGAAACAGGACCGUUCGAUGUGAUAUGGAUCGAUUUCGCUGGACCCCUAUUCGUGAAGUCGCCGGACGGAGGGGAUCAGAAGACAUAUAUCGCUUUGUUCACCUGCGCAGUUACCCGAGCGGUACACUUAGAGCUGGUGACGACGAUGAGUACCGCAAGUUUUCUGCUAGCCUUCAGACGGUUCACUGCCCGACGAGGUGUCCCGUCCGUAAUAUACACGGACAACGCUUCAACAUUCAAGAAAGCGGACAGAGAGAUCUGGAAGGCACUGCGCGGACCAAGUUUCCAAGACCACCUCACCGAAUGGGAAAUUCACUGGAAGUACAUUGUGGAGCGUGCUCCGUGGUGGGGUGGUUUCUGGGAGCGGCUUGUCCGAGUGGUGAAGAACAAUCUCAAAAGGAUCCUUGGGAAAAACCGGUUCAGUUUUGAAGAACUGACCACGAUCCUGCACGGUGUGGAGGCAGUCGUAAACUCACGUCCUCUGACUUCCGUCGCCGACAGCCCGGAUGAAGCAGAACCACUUACGCCAGCGCAUUUCUUGGUCGGCAAGCGGGUUACUUCGUUACCAUCCUUCUCUGGGAGCGCACCUAAGCCGACAGAGGAUCUACAGGCCCGUUGGAAACAACAGCAGCUCUUACUAGAUCGUUUCUGGAAACGAUGGAAAGAAGAGUAUCUUCUGCAACUUAGGUCAGCGCACAUGGCCAAGACGUCCAGCAGAAAACCGACGCUACGAGUGGGAGACUUAGUCAUUGUUCAUAAUGAGAGACUACCGCGUCACCUGUGGAAGACCGGACGCAUCACAGAGGUGUUUCCAGGCAGGGACAAAAACAUUCGCGCGUGUGCAGUAAGACUGUCGGACAAAACAGUAUUGCGCAGACCAGUGCAACUGCUCUACCCCUUAGAGAUUUGUUAG